AGGAAACGAAAAUGCUGUAUUUCCGCUGCAGCAGCGACAACGGGCACGUCAAAAACGAAAAUGUGGACAGUAAGGACAAACUGAGGCCGGAGAAGGACGGUUGAACUACAUAGAUCGUCUUCGUAGAGCUUUGUUGCCAGGCGGUUGUUAGGAUUUAAAAUCCCCUACCGAAUAUUUGUCAGUUUAAGGGUCGUUUCGAGGUUAACUGCCCCCUUGUUUUGUGGUGGUUCGCUUUGAGGAAGCAGCAGCUCGGCUAGCCAGCUGAAUUAGCUAGCCUGCUAGAGAUGGGGACGAGAGCCAGUCGCCUACAGGAAGACCCGGUUCCCUCUGCUCUCGGAAAAGAUGGCACAAAGCGGGAUUCCUACCGGCGGCCCCGCCUCACCAGGCCCACUAGUCUCAUGGUCGACUUCUCUGGGAGCUUCGAGGACACGGAGGCAAACCGGAGCCGAUCGGAGGAGGGCAGCGACUCGGACCUGGGGCAGCAUGGGGCGAGCGCCGACGGUAGCCCCGCUGACCACCACAGCAUCCCGUCUAGCAUUAGCCAAGCGUCACCUGCGGACGACAUCAACAGCGAAGGGAAACCCGAGGAAGACGGGAAUAUAAGCCCGGAGGCUGCCGUUGAGGCGGAACAUCAGUCCGGAGAGGAGACAGGCCGCACGCCCCACCGCACUUUUUCCGAGCGGCUGCCCGGGAAUCGACACUCUUCCGCCCGCAGCGUUGGCGCAAGAUCUGCCCGGGUCCGGGGCACACACCAGCGGCCAGUGUCAGAGGCUUGGAUCGGCCUUUACCGUGUUAACAACCGCCAUGGCAAUAUCCGCUGUCCUUUCUGCUCGAAGCCUUUCCCGGGGGGUCGGAUUGAGGAUCACCUGUUGAGCUGCCUCACAUCUCCUCCCCUACCCUACAACACGGAUGUUCUCAGUAAAGACAGUGGAGAGUGCUCUAUCUGUUUGGAGGAUCUGGUACAAGGAGAGACCAUCGCCAGGCUGGCUUGCCUCUGUGUCUACCAUAAGAGCUGCAUUGAUUCCUGGUCCAAGGUGAAGCCCUGCUGCCCCGAACAUCCCUUCGAUUGACUCACGGGUCACAUGUUUCCCUCACAGUGACCAACCCGACUCAGGAGACUACACUGAAUCCUAAUAAAAUCCCAAUAAAGAUGUGUUAUUGAACAAAUAAAAGCCCCCCCGUCCCUCUCAGACGCAAACCUAUAUUUGAGUGGAAAACGGACGAUCCUAAGAAAAAGCCACAGUUGGCGACACCCUAUGCUCUCCACUUUGGACCAGUCUAUAUGAACUCGGUUGAGACCAUUUCAAGCCAAACUCCAACAAAGAAAAAAAAUAUCCAGCUGCUUCGUCUAAUCUGUGGCCGAGACCCUUGUUGGAACGGAAGUGGAGGGGGUUCCCUUUCUAUUUCACAGACUUGGCUUGAAUCUGCAGAACAUAAAAAAAAUAUAUAUGUCAAAUAAAUCUUAUCAUCCCAGAACGAUGGAACUUGCCCAAAAAAGAUGUUGAACUUGGGGAGGAACGCAAAAAAAAAGUCUGUCUCAACUGUGACUCUGGAUCCUCUCCUGUGUAUUUUUCUCCCUCCGAAUGGGAUCGGUCAUUUUAUCAAGUAUUUUGCAAAAAGAGUAUUGUUCCAUGUCAUUAACAUCGGAUGAAUGUUUUCUUUCCUCGGCUCACCCCAAAUGAACCAACCUCACACUGAAAGCGUGAACUGUUACCACAUAAACAUUGCUUUAUUUUGAACUGGCUGGAGGUUGAGGGCUUGUUUUUGGUGAAUGGGGGCUGCCGUUGCUCAGUGUUUUUCUUUUUUCUAUUACCUGUAAACAUUUCAGGGGAAAGUUUGGGUUGGCUAAUUGUUUUUUCUCAGUAGGUCAGUUUCUUGUAGGUGGUUUAGUUAGCGCUGAGUUUAAUGUGCUGCUACUUGGUGAGUGUUAUUGGAAGGUUGUAGGUAUUUCAUAGGGCCGUAGUAGCGCUGGUGUUGGCACCAAUUUGAGCACUUUUGUCCCUCAAGGCUGAUUUUCCUUUUUUUUUUUUUUCUUUUUAACCCACAUAAGAUCUGGGUUUGUGUGUGUAUGCAAGUGUGUAUGUGUUUAGAUGAUGACCAGGGACAGGAAAUGUCCUGAGUAUGACUGUGUAUUCAAGGAAGUGUGUGUGUGUGUUUACUGUAAAUUUGCCCAGAAGUCUGCUUGGUCAAGCGGGUUAACCUUUUAAAUUUUUAAUGCUAAUUUUUUUUUUUUUAAACUACAGUCACGCUGGCAAACAUCCUGUUACAUGUGGCAUUGGUACGAAAACAUGGUGACGACUCAUGCCGUCCCGUUCGACUUUGAAUAAUGCGGUUUUGGGUUUUUGUCCCCCUCCCACGCCCCCCUUCCUCAUUCUCAAACUCUCUCUUGGGGGAAGAGGGGGGUGUAGUCCGGAUUUUUGGACCAGACCCUGAGCAACAGUUUCGCCAUCUGGUUACAUUCAUGCCAGAUCGGGGAGAUGAAAAGGGAUGGACGGAUUGAGGGAUGUAUUUUUGGGGCAUGUUUACACCAUGUGGCAUCUGCCUCUCUUCCCAACACUGGAGGCUAUGGACAGCUGAUGGAUAAUUAUUACAUAACUAGCCCCUGCACCCCACCCCCCAACCCCUUUAUUUCUUACUAAGAUUUUAGAUAUUAUAUCAUCACAUUACGAUCAUGGUUAUUGCUAAAUGUGUUACAUGGCUUUCCUUUGCCUUGUUUUGUGUGUGUGUUGAUUGCCUUUGCCUGGUGACGGGGUUUGUAGUGUUUUUAGGGCUGAACUGAGGAGGAGGCCCGACAGUUAAAAGGCUGCUGAACAGAUGCUGUCUGAUACAGGUUGUGCACAGGCCAGGGGGGAAACUGGGAAAGAACAAAAACAUGAAUUGAUUGCUGUUUGCUGCCUGCUCAGGGCGAGCCUGUACCAUGUGUUACAGUCUCUUUCCCACAGUGGUAUGGAUCAGUGUGGAGGUCAGCCCGGUGCACAGGUUUCCUACUGGCUAGUUUGUUCACCCCUGCCUCUGUCCCCCCCCCCCCCCCCCCUUUUUCUGAUCCCCUAUGUUCUGCAGUCAGAGGUGCUAUGACUUGUCCAGCCACUAGAGGGCAGCCCUGUGCAUGUUUCUCUCUUCUUUUUUUUGUAUUGGAGACUAGAAAUGCCAAAAGUCUGUCUGUGCAUUGGGGGCAUUGUGUGAGAGCGUGCGGAAGACAUGGUGCAUUGAUCAUUAGGUGUUACAUUUGUUGUGGUGAUAAGUUAUGAUGUUGUAUACUUUGGCUGGGAAGGGAGGGGUGGGGGUGUUUGUGUGUGUUUUUUGGGGGGAGGGAAGGGGGUUUGGUGGUGGUUGGGUUGUCGAUUAAAAAAAAAAAAAAAAUUAAUAGACAAUCUAAAACCCCACAUUACUCUCAUUUAAUUACUUACCCCCCUCAAAGCUGUGUGGUGCAAUACCUCAAUUUUUACCAAUGCUAACUAAACGCUCUGUGUAAACUUAGCUCCUCUCUAACCAAGGAUGGUAUUUUGUAUAAAUGUUCCUAAAUCCUUGGUUUUGAAUCACAGGGCACCGAUCCCCUGUCUGCCCUGUGCUUUGAGACCGAUGUAUUAGAUGAGAAUGUUUUUCAAAGAGUCACCACAGCAGUAUCUGCAUCCCCAAGAUAUGGACAAUCUGCCUUUACUCUGGUAUAAAAAACAAAUUGAAUUUUAUUUAUUAAAUUGUAAAUAUGUAAUGCAAUUCAAGAAAAUGGCUUGGUCUUUGUCUGUUCAAUAUACUGUUUCUAAGCUCCGAUCUUUUGUAUGUCUCAGAAAUUGUUUUUAUAUGUAUUUUUUACAAUAAAUAUGUGUGAGAGA